GGGGCGGACAGCCCCCCCGGGAUGGGGCGCGGGGGGGCGGAGCCUGGCGCUCGUGGCCGGUGACCUGGGAGCUGAAGACCCCCCCGGACCCCUUGCCGGAGCAGGGAUCUCCCCCCGCCUCAUGGAGAACAUCCAUGAACUACAGCACCCGCUGCUGGCCAAGCCCCCCAGGGGUGCCCCGGCGGGGGAGACGCGGCGGGAGCAUCCCAGCUUCUUCGCUCGGCCCAGCUGGAGGCACCUGCCCCCGCCUCCCCCUGAGUUGGCCCAGCAGCUCCUGGACGCGGGGACCCUGCAGAGGACGGUGGAGCCACUGGGCAGCCCUGAGCCGGCCCCCGACCUGGACCCCACAUGGAAGGCUGGGGAGCCCCCCAGCUGGAGGAAGCAGGGUUACUGCGAGACGGCUUUCGGGGAGCCGGCCGAGCGCCCCAAGAAGCUCUGCCUGGAGAAGGACAUUCACACGGUCUGCUGUGAAGUGAGCGACCGAGAGCUGCUGCCUGAGUUUGAGGUGAGGGGGGGCUGGGAACCCAGGCAUCUGGGCACCGACGGGGGGGAUGAAUCACUAGCCACCUGCAAUGGCUCCGUCAGCUCCAGGGCCUGGUUCACUGGCCAGGUCAGUAAAUCGCUGGCUCACAGCGGGGCUGGUCACAGUCCCCACCCCCCACAGUGGGCUUUGGGGUUCCCUGCUCGCUGGGUCUGGGGCCCCCCGGCUCUGAGCCCCAGGCCACAGAAGCAGUUCCGGGCUUACAAUGGCACGAGUGGGCCCUGCCUGUCUCCCCAGAGCUGA